AUGUUGUCCUUCACCCUCCCCAGGGACAACCAGACAAGAAAGAUCCAGGAAAACAUCACCAAUGUUGAGAAACAUUUUGGAGAGAUGUGCCAAAUGUUUGCUGCCUACGCUCGUAAAACAGCCAGGCUACGAGACAAGGCAGACAUCCUAGUUCGGGAAAUCGGACUAUAUGCUGACAUGGAAACACCAAACCUGAAGAGAGGUAUGAAGCAGUUUGCUGACCACCUGGCCAAGAUUCAAGACUACCGCCAAGCUGAGGUGGAAAGACUUGAAGCCAAAGUCAUAGAGCCCCUGAAAAGCUAUGGAGCUGUAGUGAAACGUAAAAGGGAAGAUCUGAAGACAACUCAGAGUGCCAGAGAGAGAGAGACCAAACAGAUGGUUCAGCUUGAGAAGACAAGACAGAGAAACCCCUCAGACAGGCAAAUCAUUUCUCAGGCUGAGAGUGAGCUCCAGAGAGCCACCAUGGAUGCCACACGGACCACCAGGCAGCUGGAGGAAACCAUAGACGAGUUUGAGAAGCAAAAGAUCCGGGACAUUAAGAGGAUCUUUGGUGAGUUUGUAACAGUGGAGAUGUCUUUCCAUGCCAAGGCUUUAGAGGUGUACACCUUGGCUUACCAGAGCAUUCAAAGUGUGGACGAGGAGGAAGACCUGGAGGUGUUCAGGAGUUCGCUGCACCCCCCUGACUACCAGUCACGCUUAGACAUAGUGCGAGCUAAUUCCAAAACCUCCCUCGAUCGGACUGGGUCUUUCCUGAGCACAUCAGGGACCUUACAGCAACAAAGAGCUUCCAGUCGGCAGACAAGAGAGGAGCAGGAAGAGGAUGAAGAUGAAUCGGAGGAGGAAGAGGAGGAAGAAGAGGAAGAGUCAGAUGAUGAAAAUUAAAUGUACAGUGUAUGUAAAAUGUAGACGUGGGGGGAAAAAAGGAUGUCAAAGGGUGUAUUAACUGUUAUAUAAAAGAAAAGUGGUAUCAUUGCCAAAUUCACCUCACACAGGUGGUCUGAGCAGUAUUAUAGUGGUAAUGUGCUGUAGUUAUGAGCUGCUUUGUGAAAGAACAGGUUGUUCUUUACUGAUAUUUUUCUUUGUAAUUCCAGCCAUUUAUUUUGCUAUAUUUUUAUAUAGACACAAUGCCAAACACUUUAUCAAACCAUGGUCAUUUGUCUUUAUGAAUAAAAACUAAAAAACUCAA